AUGACUGUUGUAGAAUCGGUUGUGUUACGUGGUACAAGACUUGUCAUACCCGCACAGCUACGACAUCGUGUUCUUCAACUGGCACAUGAAGGCCAUCAAGGCAUUGUAAAGAUAAAGCUGCGACUUCGAGAGAAAGUCUUGUGGCCUGGCAUCGAUAAGGAUAUUACAACUUGCACUGAAAAGUGCCACGCCUGCCAACUAGUCGGUAAAUCCGCCGUUCCAGAACCCGUAAAUCCUACCACCCCGCCAGACAACCCAUGGGAAGAAUUAUUAUUGGACAUUUUGGGUCCAUUCCCCGAUGGUGACUACGUGGUUGCACUUGUUGACAACCAUUUGAGGUAUCCGGAGCUGUUGGUUAUGCGAAAUGUAACGAUCAGCACAAUCACAGACUGGUUAGAUCAAGUAUUCGCUAGACAUGGUCUACCACUGAAGGUUACCGUAGACAACAGACCUCAGUUCACAUCUCCUGAAUUCAGGGAGAACAUGGAAAAUCGCGGCGUAACUCUGCGACAUGUUACCUCGUAUUGGCCACAAGCAAACGGUGAGAUUAAGACACUUAACCGGACUCUGUUGAAAGCGAUUCGAACAAGCCACACGGAACGCAAAGAUUGGCGUCAGAAACUAUCGACAUUCAUAAUGGCUUAUCGCAGUACACCUCAUGUGGUAACCGGUUUGAGUCCAGCUGAGAUGUUAUUCAACAGCAAAAUCCGAACAAAACUUCCGUCUCAGCCAGUUACCCCCACAGCCGCACCAAUCGUUCGACACCGAGACUUUACUGAAAAGGAGAAAGGGAAACAGUAUGCUGUCAAACGCCGUCGCGCGAAAGUUCAAACAUUCAAAACUGGUGACCGAGUUCUGCUUCGCCAGAAGAAGUUCAACAAACUGUCCACAACCUUCGAACCGACGCCGUACACUGUUGUAAGUAAAACGGGAAACAUGAUUACGAUUCGCGACAAUGGCGGGAAAUUCAAGAAACGCAAUGCGUCCCUCUUGAAACUGUCCAACGGAAACAACCCAAAUUCCGAGUGGUUAACCGAUCAACAGGAUUCCGAUAGUGAACCCGACUUUUUUGAUCAUCCAGAUGAUGACUUACCACAACCUAUGAAUCCGCCUGUCAACGCGCCAGAACCUCGGCGAACGCUCUCUGGUCCAAAUGUCAGAGUUCCAUCUUACCUGAAUGACUAUGUCUCACGCUGA